GACUUGCACCGAACAGGUGAUCUCCUUGUUACUAAGUUCUUUGCCUCAUAUUGGUCAUCAAUUUUCGCGUUUUUGCCAUGUUGGGUGACUAUUUUGUUGAUGACUCAAUUGGCGUUUUUUUUUCAAGAAUGGUCGAUUAAAUAAUAAGGGUGUUAAAAGGUAAUGUUAUUGAUUCUUAAAAGUGAGUCCCGCAAUUAUGUGUUCCACUGUGUAAUGAUAGGAAAAGGAGUCAAAGGAGAUCUGAAAGAAGAGGGCGAGAUGAAUUUCGACUUUGACUUCUUUUGUCUAUCGUUGACCUAUGAAUUACUUUUAAAGGGGACAUUGAUACACCUAUAUGCGGCACAUCGAAGAUCAUGUGCUACAAUGCAGCCGAGGGUAAAUUGAUGAAGAAACAUUUUGCUGAAGGCACCAGAGAUAUUGCUGAUGUCAGUGGAGGGUGUGACUGUUUGCCGGCGUGCACAUCGAUAACAUAUGAUGCGGAGACCACCCAGUCGAAAUACAAUUGGGACGAUGAAUUUGAAGCACUAACACAACAACCUAAAACUUUGUUUAACUUAUCCGAAAAGGUUGUAAAAGACAGUCGUCUAUUCAUAUUCUUCAAGCAGCGACAAUUUAUUGCAUUGAAACAAUCUGAAUACUAUAGUACCAUUGGAUUUUUGGCCAACUGUGGUGGUUUACUGAGUUUGUUCAUGGGAAUAUCAUUCAUGAGUAUCAUUGAGAUUAUUUACUAUUCGACACUUCGAUUGGGCUAUGCACUGUGUAUACGCAAAAUGCACAUGAGAAAAAAAGUUGUAUCCAUUUUGAAGAAUAUUCCCAAAAUCACAAUUAUCAAACCAGCAGAAGAGCCUUCAAAUACCACAAGCAACGAUUUAAAACGGAGCAACGCAUCCAAUAUAACAUCAGCAACUGGUUUUCACCAGAAGAUUAAGUGUGUGUUCAGAGAGUUUUUGUCAAACAGCACCAUCCAUGGUAUGCGGUAUUUUUCGGAGCCAAGUCGUCAUUGGGCCGAAAGAAUUUGGUGGAUGAUUUCGUUCGCAUUGUUGAUAUACUUUUGCGCAAAUAUGAUACAAAAAGUGUGGAUGAAAUGGGACGAGAAUCCAGUAAUUGUCACAUUUGCCGAUAAGAUGACUCCAAUAUCGAAAAUUUCGUUCCCGACAGUGACAAUUUGUCCAGAAAUCAAAAUUCAAUUUGAAAAAUUAGACUUCAAGAACACUUACUACAUGCUCACACACAACGAAACUAUUUCAAAAGAAAGGCUUACGCGAAUGAUGGCUGCGUUGCAAAUUUGUGAUAUGUUGUAUUUCGAAAACAUGAGGCAGAAUUUUACGGACGAUAGCGUUUUGGAUACAAUAAAAGACAUCGCCCUACCUCUCGAUAGUACCGUAUCAACCUGCAAAUGGCGUAAUCGAAAUUGUAGUUGCAACAGACUCUAUCAGCCCGUUUUGACGGACGAAGGACUUUGCUAUACAUUUAAUGCUCUCAAUUCAAGGGAUAUUUACACAAAGAAAAUGGCACCGAACUUGAUGACUUUCGAAGACAAGACAAGUGCAAGACUCGAAGAAGGUUAUGAUGACAUCAACGAGAAUAAAAACCAGUUCUAUCCAUACCGAGUCAAUGGUGCAGGCCCAAGAACUGGAUUAACUACGGAAUUGAAGCUAUACGACCGUGAUUUAGAUGUUUUGUGUCGUGGAUCCGUGCACGGUUUCAGAAUUCUCCUUCAUUCUGCGGCAGAAGUACCUCAAGUUUCAACAUACUAUUUUCACUUGCCACUCGAACAAGAAAUUUCAGUAUCCGUCAAACCACAAAUAAUCACAACUUCAGUCGAUCUGCAGCGUUACAAACCGCAUCAGCGUCAGUGCUUUUUCGGGUCAGAGCGGCAGUUACGAUUUUUCAAAGUAUAUACUCAGCGCAAUUGUGAACUAGAGUGUCACACGAAUUUCACAAAAAGCGAAUGCGGUUGCGUUAAAUUCUCAAUGCCAAGAGAUAAAAAUACUUCAAUCUGUGGAAUUGGUGAAGAUAUCAUCGGAUGCUUGAUGGACGCUGAAGAGAAAUUCUUUGAAAAAGAUUUCAAUGAUGACUUGGCUAAAGAACAAACUACUUUGACCGGCUGCAAUUGUUUACCUGCAUGUAAUUCAAUCGAUUAUAACGUGGAAAUUUCACAAAAUGAAUUCAGCAAGACAAAUUUAACGCAAAAUGGAAUGUCCAUCGAGUCAUUUCAACCGUCCCGUUUGACAAUUUUCUACGAGAAUCAUCAAUUUAUGGCAUUGCAACGAUCAGAACUCUACGGUAGAACUGACUUCCUCGCCAAUUGCGGAGGAAUAUUGGGUCUCAUUUUUGGAGCUUCUCUAUUGAGCAUCAUCGAGAUUUUCUAUUAUUUUACACUUCGCCUGGGCUGCUCUCUUUCGUCUCGUAUGUCACAGCACGAGACUUAUGUAAGAAAUAUGGCGGUUGCGACAGCGGAAAAGCGCGCAGUUUUGUCUCGUUUCCAUUUCGUUCUUGGAGAAAUUUCGGAUUUCCUUGUGGAUAGUUCUGUUCAUGGUGUUCGGUAUUUUACUGAAAAAGGACGCCAUCGGACUGAAAGAAUUUUCUGGGCGAUCUCUGUUGGUAUAUCUCUGGUGCUGUGUGUAAAUUUUAUUCAAGGUGUUUAUAUCAAAUGGCAAUCGAGCCCGGUUAUUGUGACUUUUUCGGAAAAAGCGACGUCAGUUUCGUCGAUCCCAUUUCCCGCUGUAACUAUUUGCCCAGAAACCAAAUCUCAUACGAACGAACUCAACUUCACCAAAGUCUAUAAUAUGAUCGCAGAUGGAAAGAAAGACCAAGUGCCAACAGAACAAAUCGUACGAAUGAAGGCGAUAUAUCAACUAUGCGAUGACAACUUUAUCGAAUCAUUUGGUGAGAAUUUCACAAAUAAGAUGUUUCUCGACAUUGGUCAAACUCAUGUGUCUCACUGUCGUUGGCAUAAUGAUGAAACAGAAUGUGAGUCCCUUUUCCAAAUGAAUCUGGUCGAAGAUGGUCUCUGCUACACAUUCAACGCUCUUGAUUCGCGACAGAUUUACACUGAAGCAGUUGUGCCUGAUAUGAUGACCAUGACGAACAAUCCGUCGGUCAAACAUUGGAAUAUAGAAGACGGUUACGAAAACGUUGAUAGUGAUUACAACACAACAUAUCCGUAUCGAGUGUUUGGCUCUGGAUCCAACGCAGGUUUAUUCACUUUACUUCAUCUCAAUGAUAACGCUCUGGAUUUUCUCUGUCGUGGGCCAAUUCAGGGCUCCAAGAUAUUUUUGCACCAUCCAGGGGAAGUACCACAACUAUCGCUACGUUACUUCCGCGUUCCAAUAUUACACGAUGUCAUGAUAGCAGUGAAACCGCAAAUGAUUAUCACCGCAGAGUCCCUACGAUCUUAUAGCCCUACUGAACGCCAAUGUUAUUUCAAUGGCGAACAUCAAUUGAAAUACUUCAAAAUGUACACGCAACACAAUUGCGAAAUGGAAUGUCUGGCCAACUAUACCAGAAAACAUUGCGGUUGCGUCAAAUUUUCAAUGCCAAGAGACAAUGAUACUCGAGUUUGUGGUUCUGACAAAAUACAGUGUUGCAAUAAAGCCGAGAACGCAUUUCUAGAAAGACACUUAUCCGGUGAUUCAAAUGAUAGAGAUUCCGAAGCCUGCAAUUGUUUAUCAGCCUGCGUUUUGAUCAAUUACGAUGCAGAAAUUAUUCAAACGGAUUUUGAUAAGGCCGAUUCAAUCAUAGCACAAAAAUAUGAUGCGUCAUCAGAUGAUUUAGUUGGCGCGCAACCCGCUCGGUUAUCAGUCUUCUUCAAGGAGCAUCGAUUUGUUGCUAUACAACGAUCCGAACUGUAUGGUUAUACUGACUUCUUUGCCAAUUGCGGUGGGCUACUUGGUCUCUUCUUGGGAGCGUCUGUGCUGAGCGUUAUUGAGUGUAUUUACCAUUUCACACUUCGCUUGGGCUGUUCACGUCACCUUGAACGAAAACGUACACUAAAGGAGAUGGUGUUGACGGCCGAAAAAAAUGAACCAUCAAUUUAGUCAAAUUAAACUUGAGUUAACUUCGAAUCGUCAAGUGCUAGGGGCUAGGAUCUAUAUAAAAUCAUAUUUACAUAAUUUUCUGACAAAAUCAAAUUUAUUGCAAAAAAAGAGGUGGCCGAAAACGUUUUGGAGUGACUGUAUGCAAUUUAUAUGAAAUAUACGCAAUAUCCACAAAAUAUCUAAAUUGGUAUUGAAAAUAAGUAAAUACGUAUAUCGCGAAUAUUUUGCGGAUAUUGAGGUAACUCCCAAAUAGAAAAUGACAAUUCGAGGCCAAAAUACAGAAAAAUUGUCACUUUUCUUCAGGAGGUACC